AUGGAGUACUCUGAUGUGAAGGUGUUCAGAUAUGCAUUAACAUUCAAACAUAUGAGCAAAAGGACGAAGAGAGGGAUUCUUUGUCCCCAUCGCUAUCCUAGGGGACUACCCACAUUUAGUUGUUAUAGGAGCAGGACUUGCUUUGGGUUUCUUGUGGGAAGGAUGAUUUUGUCUCACUUGUGUGAUGAACCCAAGGGCUUAAAGACUGGAAUGUGCAUGUCGUUGCUGUAUCUCCCAUUGGCCAUUGCAAAUGCACUUUCGUCAAGGCUGAAUGAUGGGGUUCCUUUAGUAAAUGAGAGAUUAGUUCUUCUUGGUUUUUGUGCAUAUUCAGUGAUUAUUUAUAUGCACUUUGCCACGUCUGUCAUUCAUGAGAUUACAACUGCCUUGGGAAUAUACUGCUUCAGGAUAACUAGGAAAGAAGCUUAAAUAGUUAAAUUUGCUAAUGUUUUACUCCUUGGAGACAAAGUGAAACAAAAUAGUGUCAGGGUUAUGGUCAAUGUAUUUUUUGCUAUAUUGACAAUUUGGAAAACUUGUAGAGGAUUUGAAUCAUAUAUAUGUACUUAAAUUGAUAUUUUUUUUAGAUGCAUGGGAU